AUGUUUAAACAUUACAAAGAUGAUUUGCCAAUUGAUGAUUCAAGUGUUCACAAGGCUGAAUUUGAUACAUGGAAGUUCUGGAUUAUAAAAAUAAAAGAUGACAAACGACCAGAUACAAUCAAUGAAACAUUAGAGACGAUACAACCUAUUAAAUUAUUUUGUCCGAAUAUUUCUAUUCUACUCCAACUUUACGCACUGAUUGCAGUAUCGAUUGCAAGCAUCAAGCGUUCAUUUUUUACUUUAAAAUUAAUUAAAACAAAAUUACGAAAUCGUACAGGUAAUGAGCGUUUUAAUGAUUUAGCUGUUAUUAAUAUUCGUAAAGCUGCGGUGGAAAACCUAAAUGCCAGCAGUAUUAUCGAUGUAUUUUCCAAAUCAAAAUACAUAAUCAAUUUCACAAAUGAAUCUCUUUAA